UCUUGAACCAGAAGAGUACAUUGCAAGCUACCAACGUUUCUCAGAUAAAGAAUAUGACUUCACCGAUUUGGAAUACCACGGAUUAAACUGCAUUUGUUUUUUUGAUACUGAUGACUUUCUUCUGGCUGUUGAUUGGCUCAUUGACACUGGGAUGUCAAUCCUAUUACUGUUGCAUCAACAAUAAGUUAUUGCUGUGGCAUGUACUCGAAAUGACGAGGGGAAGGCGAGGUGAAAAUGGUGCUGAUUUUGAAAAGAAGGAAAUGCUGGAUUGUUGUAGUCUCCAAAUGAAUUUUUUUGGUCCGAGAAAAGGUAGAGGUAUAACUGCCACACACGAUAUAAAAUCAGGAACAUUUCUGCUGCGGUACUCUGGCGAACUCAUUACAAGUGAUGAGGGUGACCGUAGAGGGCUCCAGUACAAAAAAAGGCAACUGGGCAACUAUCUAUAUUUUUUUUCCCACCGUGGAAAAGAAUGCUGCAUUGAUGCCACUUCAGAAGUGUGCCUGGCGAGACUAGUGAAUGAUGCCAAAGGGAGGGAGAGGAAUGCCAAAGUGCAGAAGAUGGUAACAAAUGGUCAGCCUCAUCUCUGCCUGUAUUCCACAAAAGAAAUACAGAAAGGGGAUGAAGUUGCGUAUGAUUACGGAGAGAAGGAUUUGGAGUGGAGAAAGGAGCCAGGAAAAACCAUUGACGAUGUUGAUUCCUGGAGGCUGUUUCUAAUCCAGCUCAAUCAUGACAUCAGCCAUGCCAUUUGCGUUAGCCAACAGGGAGCCGAAGGAGUUGAACAGGCAAAACUCUUUACCAGGAGGACCUUAAGUAUGAUAAUCCAACAAAUAGAAGCAACACCAGAAUUUUUAAUUGGCCUCGAAGAUGUCCCUCAACUCUUGUUAACAUUUAACGAGUGUACAAAGAGUCACGAUGAAGAAACAAGGAAGAGUGCCGAAAUCCUUCUUGUGAAGUUUAAAAAAUCAAAGAAUAGACCUGACAGUAACAAUCUGGAGGAAGGUAUAUAA